CCGCAGACACUGCGUAAAUCCUAAAUGUACAGCUACCUAACAUUCUAGACACUGAACACUGCGUCAUUACCCGCGUCAUCUUAACGCACACUUCCCAAGGUGUGGAGAACCAUUGUUGCGAAACUGCUUUCGCAACCAGUGUUUUCCUUGUGAAGCCGCUCCUGAUAACGCUUUGCUUCUCUGCGCUCCCAAUACUUCUGGACGAUAAGGCGAGAAUGACGAAGUGUGCUUCCAGCUCCUUCAAAAACUCCUUCGUUCGAGUGUGUCGCCCACCUUUCCUCGAAGCUCUCGCGGUGGCAAGAUGAUCAGGACACUCGAACUACUAGCGCUGCUCGUCGGCGCCGUACUCGGCGCUGACCAAAUCUUCUGGCCUCCCAGAAAUCAUUCCGCAGCCUCUCCGCCUCAAGGCGCUGACCAAAUUUUCUGGCAUCCCCCAAAUCAUUCCGCAGCCUCUCCGCCUCAAGGCGCUGACCAAAUCUUCUGGCAUCCCCCAAAUCAUUCCGCAGCCUCUCCGCCUCAAGGCGCUGACCAAAUCUUCUGGCCUCCCAGAAAUCAUUCCGCAGCCUCUCCGCCUCAAGUUCCAUGGGAUCGAAAGUUUGGCCCAAGAGCGAGCGAAGAAGUCAUUCUGUUUGCGUGGCCAGUGUCCACACCACAUCUCUGCGAACUGCCGCCAAUAACGGGACCCUGUGAGGCCUACAUGACCAAGUACUACUACAACACGACUACCGCGACCUGUGAGAGCUUCACCUACGGCGGCUGCCUUGGAAACCAAAACAAGUUCCACAGCGCUGAACAGUGUGAAGAGACUUGCAAAUCUAGGAGCGUAGUGCUCCCUCGAGCCUAAUUCUUCUGACGCGCACAAAAAAGCAACUUUGCAAGCAGCACAAGUAACGAAAAAUACGAGCGAUCAGCGCCUGUCCUCAGUAUUUCUCUGUCUUGUGUUGCCGUUACUUUUGCGCUGCUUUGACCAGAAAGAUCAACCAAUUCACCCAGGUUUAUACUAUGUUGAAGUAACGAUGUUUUAGGGGACGCAAAAAAAAAACAAGACAGAUGGGGCUAAAUUGAUACACUAAAGUUUCAGGACUGCUUCUGAGUUCGCACUUAUUAUAGAAAAAAACGCCGGUCAGAGGCCGAUGUUUCCUCUCUUAGCACCAAUGUCAAAUUUGAAGCAAGUGCAUCAAUACCAUAACAUCAGUAAAGCCGCUCUGUAACGUCGCAUGGUUCAAUGUAUUCUCUUUGCUUGGCGUGAUUUCUUCCAAUAAAACUUGAAGAAAUUGUUGCAUUA